AUGACCACAUACGUCCCAAAGAGCUCGCGCGAUGAUGUAUACCGCUUCUUCUUCACGGAGGGCGUUGUUUCCUGCAAGAAGGACCCCCUCGGCACGUGGAAGGGAACUCUUGGUGGCAAGACGUUCAAGCUUCCCACUCUACAGGUAAUGCAACUGAUGCGUUCCCUGAAGAGCCGUGGCCUCAUUAAGGAGCAAUUCGCCUGGCGCCACUUCUACUGGACUCUAAAUGAUGAAGGCAUCAACUACAUGCGGAAAUACCUCUAUCUGGGAGCAGAUGCUGUGCCGAACACUCACAAGGUGGAUCACAAGACCUUUGAACGCGAAGGCGGACGCGGGCGUGGGCGCGGUGAUGGCCGUGGCCGUGGGCGCGGGUUCGGACGUGGCCGUGGCGAGGGCCGUGGCUUCGGACGUGGACGCGGUGAAGGCCGUGGCCGUGGUUUCCAUAGUGAGCGCGACCAGUACCGCGCCGGUGCUGCUGCCCAAGGCGAGGAUGCCGCGCCCGUUGCUGCGGUUGAGUAG